AUGGCUUCCCACAGAUCUCGUCGCAUUACGAAGGAGCUCGCUGAUAUCCACGCGGAUAGCCAGUCGCAAAUCGGAGCGGAACCUGUGGGUGGUGAUGAAGACAUUACCCAUCUUCGCGGUUCAUUCCCUGGUCCCCCAGGUACCCCAUAUGAAGGAGGCACAUAUUAUAUCGAUAUUAGGAUCCCUCUUGAAUAUCCGUUCAAGCCGCCAGUUAUGAAGUUCGAGACCAAGAUCUGGCACCCCAAUGUUAGCAGCCAAACAGGCGCGAUUUGCCUCGAUACCUUAGCCAGCGCAUGGUCGCCAGUCUUGACUGUUAAAUCCUCCCUCUUGUCGCUACAGUCCCUGCUCAACACACCCGAGCCCAAGGAUCCUCAAGACGCCGAAGUCGCCAACAUGCUUCUUUAUCGUCCGAAGGAGUUCGAGCGCGUUGCUCAACAAUGGGCAGUGAACUAUGCGGGAGCUCCGCAAAAGAUCGCAGGAGAGGGUAGCGGUGGCGCGGACGAAUCUCUUCGACAGGAGCAGGGCCAACAAAAGGACGAUCUGGCAAAGUACGAUGGAUACAACAAAGACCUAAUCGACCGAUUCUGCAGCAUGGGGUUCGACGUCGAACGAGUAGUUAGCGCUUUCAAACAUGUUGGGAUUGACCGGCUGGACGGGGAGGACUAUGAGCUGGACGAAGAAGAAAUGGGAGAUAUCACUGCAAGGCUUCUGGGAGAGCCAUGA